ACUCGUUUCUUCCGGUUUGUUAUCCAAGAUGGUGUUCGGAGGAUAUCCCCCUGAAUUUAAUCCAAGAAUUCACGGUCCUUAUAAUCCAGCCACUUACUAUGGGAAGCGGGAUAUUCCAUUUGGCGAAGUGAAAUUAGGAGAGCUUGGUUCAUGGGUCAGCCGCAGAAAGUUCACUCCACAGACAACGGUGCAGGUUGUCACCAGAUCUGGUUGGCGUUGGGCUGAGAAGUAUUUGCUGCCAAAGAAAAUGUCCAUUGCCCCAAUUGCACAGUUCUGUGUCUGCAUGUCUAUUGGCUUCUACUUCCUCACCUACAAAGCACACACCUAUCACCGCCAUGCCAAGUACCACUAAUGAGGGAUUGUCAUGAACAACUAAAAACUAGAAUUUGCUGUGAACAAGAAAUGUUUACUAGUGGACACAUUUGACUGUACCAGUAGUGAUUUGUAAAUCAAUAUAUUAAACGUUGAGUAACAUUG